AUGAAGUUAAGGAAGCAGAAGAAGUUAAGGAGGAUGGAGAAGAAGUUAGGGAAGGAGAAAAAGUUAAGAAUGAAGAACAAGUUAGGGAAGGAGAAGAAGUUAAGGAUGGAGAACAAGUUAGGGAAGGAGAAGAAGAAGUUAAGGAUGGAGAAGAAGUUUGGGAUGGAGGAGAAGUUUGGAAUGGAGGAGAAGAACCGAAGUAUGGAGAAGAAAUUAAGGAAGAAGAAGUUUAGGAAGGAGACGAAGUCAAGGAAGAAGAAGUUUUGGAUGGAGAAGAAGUUAAGGAUAAAGAAGAAAGUAUGGAUGGGGAAGAAGUUUGGGAUGGAGAAGAAGUUUGGAAUGGAGAAGAAUCUACUAAGUAUGGAGAAGAAAUUAAGGAAGAAGAAGUUAAGGAAGGAGAAGAACUUUCGGAUGGGAUGGGAUGGGAUAGGAUAG